AUGGUUCUCACUCGUAGCCAAGCAAAAGCUGCUCGAGAAGCAGAGCUAAAGUCUCGUGCCUCGGUGGUAUCCCAUGCUUCGUUCCAAGCUCCUGCUGUCCUUCCCGUGCCUGAUUUGAAACAGAAUGAGCCAACAGCGUGUUGGGUAGAUGCUUCCAGCACUCGCAUUGCCGUACUCAUAGGAAAAGAUUAUAUCACAUUUCUCUCAAGAAAGCUACUCGCACUGGUCCUAAUUGCGAGAGGGCAAAUCGGCACAGUCAAAGUUCGCUCAGAUAGCAGUACCGCUCUUCGAGCGAUUGGAGGGAACAAGAUUAGGGUGCAGGAAAUUAUGGAUUCGACGCAACGUCUGAAAGCAGUAGUCAACGGUUCAGGACUCAUGCUGAAGGGCGUAAAAGUACCUACCAAGGGCAACUUGGCGGAUCCAUUCACAAGAGGGAAAAAGAUCGAGGGGUAUCAGAAAAUGAAGGAUACAGUCAUUAUUCCUGAAGCUUUGGUAUCAUUUAUUGUGGCCGAGUGA